GGACGACCGAACACACACAAAGAUGGCGUCGUAAAAUGUUUUUCGCCCGUCGGACUCUCUUAUCACGAAUCUGAUCAAAUAAAUAAACAAAUAGACUGAGCGGCGGUUAAAUUAGUGUUUAAAUGAUUAGAAAGACACUUGAACUUGACGAUAACGGUGAAAAAACGGACUUGCCGGGCCGCAAAGUGAGCGAAAAUCGACCGUGAAAAAUGUGAUUUUCUUUGUUCGGAACGGCUGUGCAAAGUGUCCAUGUUUUAGAUCUUCCGUUGUUUUUUGUUUUUUCGGACAUUUCAACGCACCCUACGAUCUCUGGUUUUGAUUUUAUGCAAUUUAAUGGGUAAGCAGCUUGUUUCGAAAAACUACGAGAUCAUGAUCUCUGAGACGCUUAUACCAGCUUGCUUUUGCUAUCCGAACAAAAUAUAUUCUAUGAAUCUCCCAAAGCAAACUUGCCUCAGAACGAGGUGAAACCCGAAAAUGACGUCACAUUUCGUUACUCCUAACAACAAAAUGACGACUAGCAGCUGCGCAAGGCGACUCAAGCCGCUUGAAAUUAACGAGUGCCGCUUGAGCGUUUGCGAGUCGAGACGUUCGAAACGUUGCCACGGCCGAAACAGAGAAACGAGUCAGCAAACAGCAAUCCUCGAAGUCAGCACGUCGCAAAAUAACAAUGACGUAAUAAGUGCAAGACAGGACGCUUUGACGGUGAAAAGUGACUAUGCGCGGCGUAACAAUGCCAUCAGUGAUGGACAACAACAAUUAGAACCUAAAAAUGUCUGUGAUCGUUUAUUUAAAGACUGUAACUUAGCGUUUAGUUUAGCGUUAUCGGUAUCGUGUAAGUUAUUCGUGUGCCUAUACUCUCUAAUGUGCGCCAGGGGCCGCAAGUCAAUUUUCGACAAGGCGUUAUUUUUAACGUUAACGCUCGCGGUGCUCGGUAGCGUUAACGGAUGGGCGAACGAGCUGGAAAAAACCGAACAGUUUUUGGACAAAAUCAAUUUGGAGCAAAGCAUCGCGGCGGUGUUUAAUAAAGUGGCGUACGGGAGUACUACCAAGAGGAGUAUACCAGAUAACUCGUAUCCUGUGACGACGAUGGCGACUAUGCUACUGACAACUUUUAGAUACUCGGACGGCUCGGAAGAGUGGGCCAGAGUCGAUGUGAAAAACCGCAACCAGCAAGUGGACUCGGGUCGCGCAAACGUCGAAUUCGAACAGCCCGAGUUUGAACCUGAAAAUAACAGAAGAGACAUCGAGGGUUACGGUUCUGAUCUCGAAAAGGAUCACGCCUUGCCUACUUCAGCUCCAGCAGCUGAUAUUCUGAAGAAUAAUAAUAACAGACAUUAUGGAAACCCCAAUAGAUACAACAAUGACAGGAUACGACCAGAAGUCAACCUUCCCCACGAGCAGGUAACCGAAAACAUCUACAAAACCACAACAACGUACAACCUAUUGCGCAACGUGAAACCCACUAAAUCAAUUUACGGGAAAGCUUCACCGAGCUAUAUUCCUCCUAGCAGAGCAUUUUUCACGCCUCCUCUGCCUCCUGCACUACAAAACCCGUACGCUGACAAACCGACAUUACGCGGCACCAAUUCGGACAGUUUUGUUAAUAGACGGCCUAUUCCUCCACCUUCCCUAACACCUGCUAAAGAUCGUAUACCAUUUAGGCCUGAUUUGCCUAAAGUUAACAUUGAAAAAGCCCCUUCGAGACCUGGUGGUGAAGUACAAAGACCUGUAGGUGUAAAUCAUGCCAAUUCAGAGUCUAAAUCUGAAAAGAAAAAGAGCUUGAAUACUCCCAGUCAAAAUGUACGAAUUGGUGAGUUUUACGGUAAUAGAAAUGACAAUGUUAGUAAUUUUGAGUAUGAGAAAAUCAAUGUGCCAAGCAUUACUAGGAUACUGAGUGGCUCUAAUGGAAGGCACGAUGAUAUUCCUGAUAUACUUUUGCGUACAGUUACAGCAACUCCAAAUUUGGAUAGAUCUGAGCCAAAAAUAACUAAAACAAGAGCCCCUUCUGCAGAGCCUAGUUUAAAGAGGCAAGAUUUAGCACCAAAAACACCUGACUCAACUAGAAAUAAUAAUGAAGACGCUUUGGAACCUGACGUAGUUAAAAAAGAAAUGUUGCCUGAUAACAAUAGGCCGGCUAUAGAUAGAUCUGAAAGUGUAACCGUCAAAAAAGAUAUUCCAAUGCCUGAAAAGAAAAAUAUUUACGUUGAAGAUGUUACAACGCAAAUGUCUGACAGUGUUAAUUUGCCAAACGUCAAAGAAAAAGAAGCUAACGUUACAGCAGUCGGCUCCGAUCAAAUUUGGCUUAUUUGCUGGAACGUUCAUGUCUAUUUAGUGGUUGUUGCUUAUGUUUUAUUAGCAGCCUUCAGUAUUUACAAACUCAUUAGAUACGAAAACGACCCGCACAUGUUUUCAAAGUCCUAUUUUCUUACCAUACAUUUAAUGCUAACAGUUAUUUGCGUGCUAAGAAUAUUUUAUCUAAUUUACGAUCCAUAUAAUGUUCACAAAAGCUUUUCAACUGUAUUUUUAUAUGAUUUCCUUCACGGAUUUCCGUUGAGUUUACUGGCUACCACAUUUGCAGUAUUAAUUUUAUUCCUAUUAAAACGCACCUUGACACAUUUAGAAGUCAAAACUCGUCCCGUUGUGCUAGUUGUCUUUGCUUUGCUUCACAUAGUGCUUUGCUUUUGUUUGAGCAUUUUUGAGUCUUUGGGGUUGGGUCUGGAUAGAACAUCUUUUCAAAUUUGUAAGCCUGUUUUUGUUCUGCUAGCUUGGGCUUUGGGCUUUAGUUAUUUGUACUUGUACAGAAUCAUCAAAAAUGUUUUGGCUAAAAAGAGUCAAAAUUUAUCAGAAAUGUGUACUCAGAAUAUUUCUUAUGCUAGCCAUAUAACCAUUGCUGUGGCUUUGUUGUUUAUUUUGCUUGGUUUGGUGCAACUAUACGCAUUGUUCUUUAUUAAAGUGGAUAAAUUUACACAGCCUCAUCAUUGGAUUUUAUGGGGAUUUGAAUUAAGUGUGAGGUUUAUUGAGAUUUCUAUUAUAACGCUUUUAGCUAUUGUGGUAAGCUUGCGAAUGUCUCAAAGAGAAAAACAAGCUUCUGGAGGAUUUCCUUUAUUCCCUUGCACUACUAGCGACUCUAGUACCGAUAAUAUUUAUCCCAAUAAUUGCAAUACCAAUCCAAAUGCUUUAAAUUAUAGUAGACAAGAAAUGAUUUUGGAUAAUAUCCCAACAGAGACUGUGGAAAGACCUAAUUUAUUGAAAAACGCAUUUCAAAAUGAUUCGUUUGACAAAAAGAGUACAUUAGAAAGAUAUCAAAGUGAUUCAGAAAGAAAUUCGAACUUUGAUAGAUUCGAAAGGCCAAAAUGGGGCUCGGACAGAUUCGAUUCCAGACAAAACGUAGAUCAAAAUAGCCUGAACAACUUUGGCCAGCCUAGCAGUGGCAAUUUCGAGCGUUCCGCUCAUAAUUCUGUUCAAAACUCUAUGAGAAUCGAUAGAGGCUCGGGCAGAAAACACAGCGCUUACGAAGCAGCCAAAUAUUACACCAACAAUGAAGAAUACCAAAACGAUAUUCAACCAAAUUCCGAAAGGAAUAUUUACAGUGAACCCAUAGACAACCCGCAAGCGCACCAAUACGAGCGCACCAGACACGAAUUCGAACGUAACGACUUCGAAAGAAAAUCUAGGAAUUCGACAAACACCUCAGGGCGCAGAUCUACGGGUAGGUCGACAAGAAAAAACCACCCCAGGCCUCAUUUGGGCAUACAAACUUUGCCGAAUCACGACAGAAAUCAAACCAUGUUGGUUGACGAACAAGGUUUUGUUAGGUUCAAGGCAAUGAGGGCCGAUCAGAACCAUUUUUCGGACGCAUAAUGUUUGAUUCGGACAGGGAAAAAAUGUGCUAAGGGCGAGGUUUUUUUGUAAGAGGGAGUUAGAUUUUUUUUGUUGUAGUUUUUUUUUGUCAGAUGUUUGAAAUGGGAAUCAGUUACCUAUUUCUUUGGGUUUUUUGUUCAAUAUUAGACAAAGUAGACCAUCAUUUCAGUCAAAUGAAUAAAAUUUACCAAAAAUAAUUGAUCCCAUUUCAUAUACAUAAUAACAAUUAUUCUUGUUUUUUAGUAAUAUUAUGUUCCUUCUUAAAAAAACCUUUCUUUUGUAUAUUCUUUCUCUGUUUGAGGGUAGACAUAUAAAACCAAAAUAUACAAAAAAAGUAAUAAUAAUUUUUUGGCCUAAAAACAUCCACAAUGUAAUACAAUAUUCUUGUAUUGUAAAAUGUUCAAAGAAAAAUAUAUAACGACAAUAUUCCGUUUCGUUUCCAAAACAAUUUUAUUAGAAAAGCUUAUGGAAUAAUGGCCAAAUAUUUAACAAAAGUAAAUAUUUAAACAAAAAUAAUAUUUAUUUACGGAUUUUUGCUACACAGUUUAGUAGUGUACAGGACGUGGAGGAUUUUUCAAAUUCGAAAAUCCCUCUUGGACAAAAUUAUUUAAGGUUGUACCUAUAAUAGUUAGGUAGAUACUUGAAAAAAGAAAAAUUGAUAUAAUUAAGGCAAAAAUACGUUUUUCCCUGUAUAAGUGAUAUAAAAAAUACUCUAAUACGCAUUUUUUUAAAAUGUUGAAUACAAUAUUUGAAUAUUACACUAUAUGGUUGUUAGAUCUAUUCGGGUUGGGCGAUUAUACAGGUAAGGAAUAAUUAGUCAGCCUAAACUAUUAUCUGUAUACUUGACCAAUCAAAAAUAAAAAAACAAAGUAUAUUUAAACCUAGAUUAUUAAACAAAACAAAAAUUGUAAAAUAAUGAAACUUGCAAAAAUGUGUAUAUACAAAGCAAAAAAGUUAAAGGGCGAAUAAUAUAUUAUAAUAUUAAUUUUAAUUUUUUUACAUAACAUUUUUGUAAAGUACAGGGUGAAAAUUAUUAAAAGGCAGCUAACAACUGUAUUUAGCUUAAAUGCGGUAGCUGGUAUUAUGCUAUCGUGAUACACACAAAAAAAAAAACAUUGUUAUAUAGAUAUUUAAAAUUGUAGGAAUUAAAAUUAUGGAGGCAAUGUUUUUAGAAAAUUCAAUAAUCAAAUUAUACAUUUUUUAAAAAUGUUGUCUCGUUGCACCAUAAUAAAUGUUUUUCGCUCUAUAUUAUUACUAUUUGACUGGUGUAUUUUUUAAUCUAAUAAAUAGGUGAACAUUUACAUUAGUAGACCCUGUAUAUCUGUUUUUUAUUUAUAUAAAAAUUUUGACUGAAUAUAUAAAACUAUUAUUUAUUAUUAUAUUUCGAAAAAAAAAAAGAAAAAAUUCAAUAUUACCGUCCCAAGGUGUUUUUUAUAGAAGACCUUUAGAGUUUUUUUUUCUGAAUAGGAAUUUAUGAAUGUUGAAGAAUUUACUCAAGAAACCAUAAGGAGGUACUGUUGAUAAUUUGGCAUAAUUGACAACUACAAUAAUGCUUUUUUUUUGGGGUGUCCUCUGAGGGCUUGUUAAAAAAAUCUAUAGUCUGUUUCAUUGUAGUUGAUAGCUCAAAUCAAGGUUUAUAUUGUGGAAGCUUGUGGUAGUAAUGAAACAAAUUUUUCUUCAGUGUGCUUCAAUACACUUCUUUAAUAUGGAAAUAGACAACGGAAUUAAAAUGUGCUGCUCUAGAUUUUUAACAAACUAAUGACACACUUUAUUGUUGUCAUGCCACAUUUUCCAUUUUUUCUCAAGACCAACUUAAUUAUUUAUGAUAUAAAUUCAAAUGAUAUAAGUUCAAAGGGACAAACUUCUCUUUUCACAAAAUAAAAUGUCACUUUUAGCACUCAGUGCUAAAAAUAAUCACUUUUAACACCAGUGUCAAAAAAUGCCAUUUCAGACACUGACAGCAUCCGUUAAAAAUUACACUUUUAAUGACGUUCGUAGAAAAUAGUUAUUUGUUCUACUAGGCAGAAAAGUACAAGAUUUAAUGCCGCGGCUGGUGUUUCAUAGCCGAGGCUAGGAAACCAGCCGAGGCAUUGAAUCUGCUUUUCUGCCAUGUAAAACAUAUAAUUUUUUCUCCGAAUGUUCAAAUUCACACAUGGAUAUCUUUUUUUAUAUUUAUUUCAUUCAUUAUUAUUAUCCAAAUAAUUAAAUUAUUUUGACAAUUGUCAUUGUCACCAUCAAUUUCAAAUACCAAAUUGAGUGAAAUUAUUACCUGGAACGUUGUGACACUGUCACUUAUAAUGCCACAACAGCUCAACUUUAAACUAUUAUUACUAACCCUGAAUUAGACUCUCGAAUUCCCAAUUAAACCCCUUGACAAUAGUUAUAUCAUCUGUGGUUAUAUCAAAUUUCAUCUUAAUUGUCAGUUACGACAUUACUUUUCCGACCUGGCAAACGAUGGCAUUCCAAACAUUAUAAAACUACAAAAAUAAAAGUAACUAAUCAGAGUCUAAGGGCCGGUAUUUAAAUGUUACCUCAAAAUCAAGACUUACCUAAGGUACCCGUAACUAUAAGGUGGACUUGAAGUCAGUCAUUCAGGUGGCUUGAGUUUCACCUUGAAUUAAGGGAACUUUGAUAUACGGUGAAACUUGUAUUAAGAAUAACUUAACGUUAUUCUGUACUUUGAGGUGACAUUGAAAUACCGGCCCUAAAACAACUAUUCACUUUCACAGUUUUAGCAAAACGCAACAACACAGACACAAUACACCACAGUUUACAAUGCUCAUAAACCUAUCAACUGCAAUGAAACACACUAUAGAAAAAAUACCAUCAAUUAAUCCCAUAGUUUCUUAAAAUCAGCACAUAUUAAUUGACAAAAGAGAAUGCCAAAUCAUCAAUAGCAUUUCGUUCCAAGUAUCUAGAUGCCGCUUCGCAAAUUGUGUUAACUAUAUAAGAAAAUAAAAGCUCUCGGUGUAAUUGUCUUUUCUUUUGCGCAAGCACCCUUAAAAGAAAAGGACCUUCUUGUAUUGUCGCAAGCUUUCUUGGGUUACCUUUUAAAGGGGGUGCUCCAGAUAUUUUUUUUUCUUUUUUGCGUUAUUUUUUUAGUUGAAUUUUUGACGUUACACUUAACAAGAGAAAAAAGACGCUUUGUUGUAAAUUAUUUGUAUAUAGCUGUAUUUAAAAUUAUAUUGUAUCGAUUGCCACAAUUCAUACACUUGCCAUUUUUUUUUUAUAACUACUGGACUUACUAAGGCUUUAUUUUUUUUGUACAUUUUUUUUACAGUAUUAUCCACAUAAGUACGUUUUAUUGUGUAUCCUAAAUAUUUUCUACAACAUUCCUGUUUGUUUCUCAGCGUGUGUGUUAUAUUUUAAUAAUUGUUUGUAUAAUUUUUUAUUAGGACUGUUUAAAAAUAAUGGAUUUUAAUCUUAUUAUUUCUAAAUGGUCCUAUUUGAAGGCAAAAUGGCAAAUAAAAUGUGAUAUAAAGGGUUCCUCGUGUCGGUUUGCUAAACGAACCCUGUGUGGCGCAUGACGUUGUCAUAAACCCCUCCCCAUUGUAUAUAAGAGACAGUUUUGUUCCUUUUUUUUUACAAACGUACUUAUAGGCAGCUUGAUCCUCUCCAUUUAUUGCCAGUAUAAUUAUUUAAAUAUGCUCUCUUUUUGUAUUUGAUAAAAAAGUUUAUUUUUAUGUCACUGUCUAUCUGCAAGAAAAAAAAAACAAAUCCGAGCAUAUAUAGGUAAAUGUUUUUUAAAGUUUGUAAGAGACUGUGUAAUAGAUAUUUGGAUUUUUAAAGGUUGUCCAACUUUUUGUAUAUAAAGUGAAGGUUUGCGAUCUUUUUUAAAAAUCGAAAUAUUUAUUUUAUAUAAGUGAUCGAUUUUUUGUUGUAUUAUAUAACUGUAAAAUAUAAACCUAUGAUAAUAUG